CUUAAAUUUAAGAUGGCGGACGCACCAAGUAAGCGUGUGCCUAACCUUUGUUGUUCGAUGCAAGUAACUUGUUACUUCGGCAAGUGGAGCCCCUACUCUUUUUAGUAGCUAAUGCUGUUAAGUAGUGCUCAUACCGUACAGGCAUAAGAGAUGGAAAAAGAAAGUAGCGUCCUUAAACGCGAGAUAAAACGCGCCAAGUUGUUCGAAGUGCAACGACUCGUGCGAAGAAUGAGGCAAUUAGGAAAUAAGAAGGGAACGGAGGCUCAGUUAAAAAAGAACCGACGAAAGAUCGAAAGGUUUGAAAAGGAGCUAGAGUUUCUGAAGGACACUACGGUGGCUGAAAUAAUCCGUCGAGUCACCAACGAUAAGAGUGAAGCUGAGCGUGUUGCUGAUCGUGUGCUCGAAGACCAUGUUGAAGAUUCACUUACAGACAUUGAUCUUCAGAGAAGAGCCAUGGACAGGAUCGUUAACUCCACGAAACUUCACAAAUCUCUAGAAGGAAUAUCUGCUAAUAAACAACAGUCAGUACGAUUUGAAAAAAGAAGUAGCAAAAACAAAAAGAAACCUAAGACUGUUGGAGAAAAAGUUGCUGUCACAUGGAAUGAAAAGUCAGUUUCUGGUAACACUCAAGCGAAAGAAUACGAAGGUAAUGAAAACAGCGAUACAGAAACAGAAAAAGCAACGAUACAAAAAAGACUGAAAGCUUUAAAGAAAAAAUCAACAACAAAUAAACUUGUUCCAGCUAAAAAGCCUCAGCUUAAAGAAAUUUUAGAUCAAGAUGACUCCUUUGUAUCUGGCUCAGACGUAAGCGGAAGUGACUCCGGAGAGGAUACUGAUGGUAUUUCUUAUCCAGACUUGAAACCUAAAGGUUUAGGGUCCUGUUUCGUUCAAUCUAUGUCAGGUGUGAAGGAUGAUGAGAAGGUACUCUUGAAGGAAAAAAGCACCUCAGGAAAUAAGAAAGUAAGAAAAGCUGAUAAGACAGUUAAGAGGAACCGCAAAGGACAGCGUGCACGGCAGCAAAUGUGGGAAAAGGUACAUGGAAAGAGUGCAAAGCAUUUGGUAAAGAGAGCAAAAGAAUACACUUCAAAGGAUAAUAAUGAAAUAAAGAAGUUGAAAUCAAAUAAUGUGAAAUCGCAGCAGCCUACCAAACAGACAAAGAAGGAAGAAAUUCUGCAUCCAUCGUGGCAAGCUAUGAAAAGAAGGAGGUUGCAAGAAACUAUGAAGGUUGAAUUUAAAGGAGAGAAGAUAAGAUUUGACGAUUCAGAGUGAACUUAAUUAACAAAUGCUUGUAUGUUGCACUUAGAUUUUUUCUUUGAUUCUUGAUGUUUAAUAACAGAUAUUAAAGCAAAGGGAAAAACUGAAUCAAUGAAAAAUUGUCACAACAUCAUUCAACGAUAGUUGUAAGUCAUGACUUUUGUAACUUGAAAAAAAUAGCCUAAAUUUCACAAGUUUUUCAGCUGGAGCCUACUUGUGACACAAAUUGUCCUAAUCAUUACCACAGGAAAUGGAGAGACCAGUGUGGAGAAUUUUAGGGUUUAAAGGGGUAAAUGUUCCAUGUUCUGCUUUUUCACUUUUUGAGUCACUUUUUUGUUUUCUUUUUUUUCUGCUGAAUAGCAUCAUUCUCAAAGUUUGCAUUGAGUUAAAGGUUGUUUUGCAUGUUGCAAAUAUAACUAGAAAUAUUCUGACAUACAUUGAAGAUACCAAACAUUAGCACCAACUCUUUACCUCAAAAUACUUUCUUGAUAGUGUAAUGAUUAGUUAUUUGGUACACUGGAACCCAGCCUUUGGACAACAAUGCAC